UUCACGUUACUGUUCUUUUAUAAAGAUUCAGGGGGAAGAACGUGUUUACAGAAGACCAUAAGAGAGGCUUUACGAUUUUUUUAAAAUGCUAUCCAGGACAAAAUCAGGCAUUCAUUGCCUGCAGAAGCUUUCUCCAGCUGUCUUGAACGUGUUGGUCAGAGCAAAGCACACACUACCUGAUUUACCGUACGAUUACGAUGCCCUUGAGCCGACCAUCAAUACAGAUAUUAUGCGUCUCCAUCACAGCAAGCACCAUCAGACUUAUGUGAAUAACCUGAAUGUUGCUGAGGAAAAAUACGCCGAAGCACAGGCUAAAGGUGAUUUGGAUUCAGCCAUCGCACUACAGCCAGCUUUGAAAUUCAAUGGUGGUGGACACUUGAAUCAUACGAUAUUCUGGACCAAUUUAUCACCCAAUGGAGGUGGAGAACCUACAGGUGAUCUGAUGGAAGCAAUCAAGAAAGACUUUGGCUCAUUUGAAAAUUUUAAAGAAAGAUUUAAUGCCGCUACUAUAGCUGUUCAGGGUUCAGGUUGGGGAUGGCUGGGCUACGACAAAGUUAACAAAAGACUAGCUAUAUCAACAUGCUUAAAUCAAGAUCCUCUACAAGCAACCACUGGUCACAUUCCUCUUCUAGGCAUCGACGUUUGGGAGCAUGCAUAUUACCUUCAGUACAAGAAUGUUAGACCAGAUUAUGUCAAGGCCAUCUAUGAUGUCAUUAACUGGACAAAUGUUGCUGACCGCUAUCAGGCUGCUGCUACUUGAGCAGAGAAACAAUGAAAUUCAUGUACAAGAAGUUUGAUCAGACAAAUUUUAUUAUUCCAAUAUUUUUUUGGUAAAAAAGCACAACUCUUUGGAGAAUUGCAAGUAAUAGAACUGAUCUUUUGUUAGGGUAAGCUGUACUAAAAGAAUUUCCAUUCCUACUUGUGGAGAAAAGAAUAAGGAAAUAAGUUGCACACAACACUGUGACAAUGGUGUCAUCGUAACAGUCUGUUUGAUAUUUUUGGGGAAAAAUGCUAUACCUGGUACUUGUAUGAUACCUAUAUAGUGUUAUAAUAUCAAUAGUUUUUGAUAAGCACCAAGGUUAUUUCAAAUAAAGAAAAUUCAGUUCAGUA